AUGCGCACGGCCGUAGCCGAACGCGAUGGCCAUAGCACUGGGCAAGAGCAGGAUUUUGGAGAUGAUGAAGACCUAACGGCCGCGAUCGAGGCGUCUCUACAGUCGUUUGAGGAGGAGAACAGGACAGAAGCCAAGUCAGCCAACCUCAAAAGCUCUGGCGAUGCCCCGGCCUUUGCGCCCUCGGACUCGGUCAACCUCAUUGACGACAUUCCUGACGAUGCGUUCGAUUCGGACUUAUCCCUCUCACCACCAACGACGCAAGCACCGAAGAUACCUUGGACCACUUCAGAGGCUCGAAAUCGUCCUCUAGGUGUUCGUCAAACAACAUUAUUCGAUAUUGCGGCUCGAAGCUCAGCAACACAACCCUUGGUUGGUAAGCAGAUAACGGUCCCGCCGGACAAGGUAGAGCCCCCGACUCAGCACAAAUUAAAUCAGGACGCUUUGGAAACAUGGGUAUACCCUACCAACCUGGGAAAGACACGCGAUUAUCAGUUUAACAUCACCCAGAAAGGGUUAUUUUAUAACCUUCUAGUAGCUCUGCCUACAGGUUUGGGUAAAACUUUCAUAGCCGCCACCAUCAUGCUUAACUGGCUACGCUGGACUAAAAGCGCUCAAAUUAUAUUUGUCGCUCCAACAAAACCGCUGGUAGCUCAGCAAAUAUCUGCCUGUCUACGGAUUGCGGGUAUUCCACGCUCUCAAACGACCAUGUUAACAGGCGAAGCUCCUCCUGGAAUCAGAGCGGAAGAAUGGAAAUCAAAGCGAGUCUUCUUCAUGACUCCCCAAACUUUGACAAACGAUCUUAAAUCGGGGAUAGCCGACCCGAAACGAAUCGUGCUACUCGUAGUGGACGAGGCUCAUCGUGCUACUGGCGGCUACGCAUAUGUCGAAGUCGUCAAAUUCUUGCGGAGGUUUAACCAGAGCUUUAGGGUUUUAGCUUUGACAGCAACACCCGGGUCCACUGUCGAAUCGGUACAAGCCGUCAUUGAUGGCCUUGAUAUCGCCAGGGUGGAGAUUCGCACUGAGCAUUCACUCGAUAUCCGAGAAUACGUGCAUGCGAGAAACACAGACAUCCAAACGUUUCAGAAUUCAGAUGAAAUGAUUUUAUGCAUGGACCUUUUGUCUAGCACACUACAACCGCUUGUUGACCAACUUCGUACACUGAAUGCAUUUUGGGGAAGGGAUCCGAUGUCGUUGACCCCAUACGGACUCACCAAAGCGAGACAGCAGUGGAUGUUGUCUGACGCUGGCAGGAAUGCACACUUUGGCUUAAAGAAUAAGAUCAACGCAAUAUUUACAGUUUUGGCAAGCAUGGCACAUGGUAUUGACCUGCUCAAGUAUCAUGGGAUUACUCCUUUAUAUCGCCACCUGCUUCAUUUUCAAUCCAACACGGACGGGAAGAAAGGAGGGAAAUACCAACGUCAAAUUGUGCAAGACGAGCACUUCAAAAAGCUCAUGAACUAUCUAACUCCAUGGACCAGGAACCCUGAGUUUAUUGGACAUCCAAAGCUAGAAUACCUGAGGCAGGUUGUUUUGAACCACUUUAUGGAUGCUGGUGAAGGCACUCAUGGAGCUGGUAAUGAGAACCAAACAGCUACCAGAGUGAUGAUUUUCGUACAUUUUCGGGACAGCGCUGAAGAAGUGACAAGAGUUCUCAAAAGAUAUGAGCCCAUGAUACGGCCCCAUGUUUUUGUUGGGCAAAGCAGUGCUAAAGGCUCAGAAGGAAUGGGUCAGAAAACCCAGCUUGACAUCAUUCAGAAGUUCAAGAAGGGUACCUAUAACACGAUUGUGGCCACCUCGAUCGGUGAGGAAGGGUUGGAUAUCGGAGAGGUCGACCUCAUUGUGUGUUACGAUUCUUCGGCGUCCCCAAUACGCAUGUUGCAACGCAUGGGACGGACUGGUCGAAAGAGAGCCGGUAAUAUCGUUUUGCUUCUUAUGCAAGGCAAGGAGGAAGAGAACUAUCUUAAGGCGAAAGACAACUAUGAAAAGAUGCAACAGCUUAUAGCGAGUGGAUCCCAGUUUACGUUUCAUGACGAUAGAUCUCCGCGCAUCAUACCUCGUGGCAUAAAACCAGUCCCUGACAAACGACAUGUGGACAUUCCCAAUGAAAAUGAAGCCAGCGACCUUCCGGAGCCGAAGAAACGCAAGGGACGUGUCCCGAAGAAGCCCGCAAAGCAAUUUCACAUGCCGGACAACGUCGAAACAGGUUUUACAAAGGCAUCGAGCUUGACAGGGACAUCGAAACCGGCAGCAAAGCCAAGAACAAAACAAAAUGAAACUCGGAAAGCUCGGAUACCGACGCCAGAGCCUGUGCCGGUUCCAGACAUAAAUGAUGUCCUGCUCACUCCCGCUCAACAGAAGGAACUAGAGCAGCACUACCAGAAUGUAGGAGGCACUAGUCCAGAAUUUAUCCGCUAUCCUCGAAGCGACGCCUUUCCCAAGCUGCAGUCAAUUGGGCGACCAACGAAGAUGGUGGGCCAUGGCUCUCUCACACAGCGUGUUGUCGAUGCCUUGCAACGAAUAAAUCAGAUUGGGGCAGACUGCGAGGAGCGCUUCAAAGAAGUAUUGGAUCGUGAGGCAAAGCUGUCUUUCGAAGAGUCCCUUCUUUCUAGCAAGUGUGCAACUGCUGAACGCCGUCUGAGCUCAGCAAACUCCGGCCGAAAACUAAAUGCACCCCAGUUUCCACUCGGGGAUUCUGGAGAUAUCGACACUGAUGUAGAUUUCCCCUCGCCUAGCAAGCUGUUGUCAGAUAUUUUGGGCUAUCAGCAGCCGAAACCGUUUCAACCUCCGCGCAAAGUCAGUCGUAUCGAAGAUGAUUUCAACUUCCCAAACCCUACUGCUCUUUUGACACCGGAUGCCGAGCGCAGAGAUCACCCAAAACGGAGAAGGAUUGUGCUCGAUAAUGACAGUGACGAGUAA